AUCCCGAGUGACAGAGAGCGGGUCCCGUGAAUGAUGAUCUGCCGGUAUAGUCGGUGCGGCACUGACAUGCGCAGUGCGCGGCGCGCAGCCCGUGAUGCUGUGCAUUGUAUGUGUGUGUCCGUCCGCUGAUUUCAUCUCACACACGCGCUCCUCUCUUCCAUCCUUCUGGAUCUUCCUCCCGAACGCAUCUUCUUUCGGAGCGGCGGCGGGGUUUUCCGAGGCCUAAUGCGUCUAGAGAACCCAGCUUUUGGACUGAAACGACAAAGCUAAUGAGACACCAGUGAAACCUACUAAUGCAAUACCACAAUCAUCUACUAAAGAAACACAAUGGAAGAUCUGCCUUCUUGACGAGUCGCGAUGCAUGAAUAUCCACGGUGUGUUGAUGUACCUAUACAGACACAACUGCUUCUUUCGACCUUCCACAUUUGGACGCCCCGCUUUCAAGCUCUAGUUUAAGACUCAGCAUGUCUGCCGUCCAUCGGUUGUGACUGGAGUUUGGCGGCAGCAUGCGUCCAUGUGCGGGCUCCUGGCGCUGGAUAGCGCUGGUCCUGCUGGCCUGGGGGACGUUGCUCUUUUAUAUCGGGGGACAUCUGGUGAGAGACAACGAACAUGCGCCACGCUCCAGCCGCGAACUGGCGAAGAUCCUCACCAAGCUGGAGCGACUGAAACAGCAGAACGAAGACCUGCGGCGCAUGGCUCAGUCACUACGGAUUCCAGAAGGACAAUCGGAUGGGCCAAUAUCAUCAGGAAGACUGCGGUCUCUUGAGGAACAGCUAAGCCGAGCCAAACAGAAGAUCCACGGUUUUCAGAGAUUAUCUGGAGACGUUGGCCCGGGUCGAGAACAGGAGGAACUGCGGAGGAAGGUGGAGAACGGAGUGAAAGAGCUGUGGUACUUUAUUCACAGCGAGAUACAGAAGCUGAGUCACGUGGAGGCGUCAGACAGACAGAAACACACUGAGACGCUGCUGCAGGACCUCGGCCAUCAACAGAGAACCAUCAUGACAGACCUGCAUGAUCUCAGUCGGGCGGACGGAGCGGGAGACUGGAGAGAGAAGGAGGCUAGAGAUCUUUCCAACCUGGUGCACAACAGGAUCUCCUACCUGCAGAACCCGCAGGACUGCAGUAAAGCUCGUAAGCUGGUGUGUAACAUCAAUAAGGGCUGUGGAUACGGCUGUCAGCUCCAUCACGUGGUUUACUGCUUCAUGAUCGCUUACGGCACGCAGAGAGUCCUGAUCCUGGAGUCCCACAACUGGCGUUACGCUCCCAAAGGCUGGGAGACGGUCUUCCGGGCCGUUAGUGACACCUGCACGGAUCGAUCCGGAGCCACGACCGGACACUGGUCAGGUGAGGCUCACGACCAAGACGUUCAGGUGGUGGAGUUGCCCAUCGUAGACAGUCUUCACCCCAGACCUCCGUACCUUCCACUCGCUAUCCCAGAAGACCUUGCGCCCCGACUGCAGCGUCUUCACGGCGAUCCGUCCGUCUGGUGGGUGUCUCAGUUCGUCAAAUACUUGGUCCGUCCUCAGGCCUGGCUGGAGAAGGAGAUCCAGGAGACGUGUGCCAAACUGGGCUUUAAACACCCCAUCAUUGGUGUCCAUGUCAGACGGACAGAUAAAGUCGGGACGGAGGCUGCGUUUCACCCCAUAGAGGAGUACAUGGUCCAUGUGGAGGAACAGUUCCAGUACAUGGCUCAACGUGGCCACGUGGAUAAAAAACGAGUGUAUUUGGCCACUGACGACCCCUCACUGUUGCAGGAGGCAAAAACUAAGUACACAGACUAUGAGUUCAUCAGUGAUAACUCCAUCUCUUGGUCAGCGAGUUUACAUAACCGAUACACAGAGAAUUCACUCAGAGGCGUCAUCCUGGACAUCCACUUCCUGUCCCAGACUGACUUCCUGGUUUGCACCUUCUCCUCACAGGUGUGUCGUGUGGCGUAUGAGAUCAUGCAGACUCUUCAUCCAGACGCCUCGGCUUUUUUCCGCUCUUUGGACGACAUCUACUACUUCGGUGGACAGAAUGCACACAACCAAAUCGCCAUCUACCCGCACCAGGCGCGCACGACGGAGGAAAUCCCACUGGAGCCUGGAGACGUCAUCGGAGUGGCCGGAAACCACUGGGAUGGCUACUCUAAAGGGGUCAACCGCAAACUGGGACGCACUGGCCUCUAUCCGUCCUAUAAAGUCAAGGAGAAGAUCGAGACGGUGAAGUAUCCCACUUACCCCGAAGCAGACAAGCUGCUGAGCUUAUAGAACAAUACACAUUAAUAAUUAACGCACAGAUGGCAGGGGAUCUCUGGAUAACAGAUAUUCAAAGACACAUGUGUGCAUCUGUGUAUUUAUAGGACGGACACAACUUGUAGGUUUGUAAUAAAUUGCAUAAGGAUCUCAUGGACUGCAGAAGCCUUUCAAACGGCACUCAGAUCAACAGAAGCAAAUGAUAAAAAAACUUUUUUUUAA